GACGAUGAGUAGCAGUGGAGUCGCUGGCGCGGAUGGACGUGUUUCUUCCUUGAAUCCAACGGAACGCAUGGUUUGUUGUCGGUUCUAGCGGGCGAGGUUUAUUGCGCGUGAACGGACGGUGGGCAGAGACGCGGUGUGUGUACGAUUCGAGUUUGUCCCUUUGCCAUCGUUGGGUUCUGAGAGAGGAGGGACCUUUUUGGUGCCGAACAGCACGAGACCACUUUCUGUGACUUUGGAAUGGUUUUUAUUAGAUCUAAUGAAUGAAGUAUGAAUCGGAAUUGACUUUGACGACGGCUGAAGGAGGUUCGAGACCGUGUGCUUGGUUUGAGACGAAGAUCUCCCAAUAAGGGAGCGGGUGUGGUGCGAGAAGGGCGAUUUCGGAAGUGGUACCAAGACGAGGGCGGGGAAUGUUUAUAAAUUAAUAUUAAUUCAAUCAACAACGAGAACGGGUGUGACAAAAAAGCUACAGGGAACAUCGGCCGGGUUCGGUAGGCAAACGGCAAAAUUGGAAGUGAAUGUGGGCCGCGCUCGUCGUGUUGUGUGCCGGUUCGGUCACCAAAACACCAAGCUCGAGGAGAGCUCCGGUAUCAGUGGAAAACGCCGCGAGUGGUUCUAAUUGAGACGUUUGCACAAACGCAUUCACUAGAAACUGGUGCACCGCGCACACAUCUAUUUACUUGCGCGCGAUCAAAUGCCGUGCCACUUGCAACUGUUUGGAUUUCGUGAAAUGAAAAUAUUUGUCUCUGCUACUCACUCGAGGACUCAAUCAAUAUACAAAAUCAAAAUCUCUCGGUUCUGUCAGUGAGCACAAUUGAACAAGUGACAGUCGCGAAAAAAUUGCACCCGCUGCCACCCAGCCUCCCCGCGUAAAACGUGAUCAGCGAAAACUGCACCACACAUCGCCGCCGGUUUGUUGUCGUGUUCCCCCGGCAACGGGGAGCUUGAAACCAAAAACAACGAAAGUGUGCAAACGAGAGCUGUUUUUGUAACAUUUUUUUCUUCUACUUGCUUGCGGCUGACAGCCGCCCGUGCUAGGAUCGGGAACGGAUGCUGUGGGAGGUGACCACCCCAGCCCGAAAAAAACGAAACAGUUCAGCUAAAAAGUGAAACCACUUUACCGCCUCCCCCAAAUUCCUUGCGAUCUAGUAUCUGCAGUGACGCGGUUGCGGCUGCAAUCCCGAGGCCGGCCCUGUAUACUGUAAACAAUAGUGAAUGAAAUAUCAGGAUUGUUUUUUUCACUUCAAAUAAACAAAACGAAAAAUUCGCAGACUGCCUGAAGAGUGCCGCAGCCAUCACAAGUGAGUAGACGGACGCGCGCGCUUCUAGAAUUUUGUCUGUUUGCGUUGACAUCUUUUGGCGGAUGCUCCCUGUUCUGACUUGAAUCGAUGGGAAGAAAGUGACCAACUUACUGAUUAGGUCCUACUGUGGUGUGCCAUACGGGUUUGUGUCGGGAGGGGCCAUUACCUACUGAGCCGAGUUCUCUACCGCAAGUGAUCGCCCUUCGAUUGCGUGGAUCGUGUUGGUUGUGGUGGUUGAAUAGUGUGGUGACUUCGGUGUGUUGCAGUGUGUGGCUAGUGUCGCCAGAAGAAGACGUACGAAGAAGUGGCAAACUGCAUCUCUCGGAGUGUGUGCGGCACAUGCAAGAUCAUUGAUCUAUCGGGUUAAUUUAUUGCGCUGUUUACCGAUUCCGGUGUAGGUUCGAGCAUGCGCGUGCUGUUGCUGCUGCUACAGAAAGCGAUCGAGUUGGGAAUGUGCGGGGACCGGUUCUCGUAGUGUGAUCCGCUUUUUUUGCGAUCGAUGGGGAGGCGAGGAGUGUGAGUUAUGGUGGAUUGUGCAUGAUCUACGAGUUCCAUUAGCGAAAAAAGUACAAAGAUUUUAAGCUGCGGUGAAUUGUCUGCGGCUGCGGCUGGAAGGUCGAUUAUUUAACAGGAUAUUCCAGAACACUCCACAGCUCGAGGCAGGGAUCCGGCUCCAACAACAGACAGUGAGGUAGGACUGAUGUUUAACUAAUUCAUGCUCGGCAAACAACAACCGAACCGUGGCUGAGGUAGCCAAAGCAGCCGGUCGUCGCAAAAACAGGUGGAUUCCCUACGAGCCGGUGGUUCGUCUAUUUCGUAGCUUCUCUGGGCUCGCCGUAUCGUGUUUUGUGAACGUGUUUUGGUAGAGAGAGAGAGAGAAAGAAAAAAUAAAUUAAAGCGCACUGUAAGUUCCGGCGAAUUAAUGGGAUCAAGUAACCGAACGAAAAAAUGCCUGAGUUCCGGACUGUUUCGGUCUUGGUAGGAAGGUAAAGUUUUAAACGGUGACGACGUCUGCCGGCAGGAGGCGAUGUGCUGAAGCGAGAAAUGCUGGAAAUUUAAAUGUUGAAUAUUUUAUUUCUUCAUCGAGCCAAAGACCAAAUCCGGGGCAGCCAGUGAGUGGUGCAGUGGUGAGUGGUCCGAGUAGCCGGGUUCUCCAAAACUACAACUGCGAAACAUUUGGUUCUUGUUCGUGUUGGUGGGAUAGAGAGAGAGGAAGGAGACCUCCGCCACACCGGAAACCAUCGGAACGAAACCCGAGGAAGAUUAUAACAGAGUGUAGAGUGGUUUUGGCGAACAAGUUUUGCUGUGUGCGGGUUGUGAAGGUGCUUAUUAUAUUUUUGUGUAGUGGAAGAUAAAGAAGUGCCGAAGAGAGCAUAUAUUCGCUUUUAUAGAUGUGCCAUUAAUAUAGACUAUGUUAGCUGAAAAUUACAACUGAAGGAUCCAUUUGCCGCAAAGCUACUAAAAUAAGGAUUACUGGAUUUGUCACUUACGUGAAACAAGUUAACUGCAAAGCGUUGGCUAACAGAAAGAUUGAAAUCGUUUUAUUUUUCAUCUGCUCACGCUGAAUGAGAACCACGAACCACCAUCUUCGAAAAUUACUUCCGUCUCCCACACCGACCGGAACAGCAGCGCUGGCUAGUCAGGCACUCGACUCGCAGACCCUCCCAGCGUGGGCACCCCCGCCGAACCUUGGUUGCCUUCAGGCGCAUCAGGACCAGUUCGAAUGUACCACAAAGCAUCAACUGGCCAACAGCAGCAUCACCAGCACCACCAGCAGCGCGGAGUAGAUGUGAAAUUGUUGGCCGAUAUUGGAUACAUCGCCGAUCGACUGCGUAGUCUAGAGUACCGCUGGGAGCUGGCCGAGUUGAAGGAUCUCCACAAACGGAUCGUACUGAGCAUCGAUGAUCCUCCAGUGAAUGUGGUGUGUGCGAUCCGGAAUCAGCAGCUGCGACCGGUGCAAUCGGAGCUUCACGGGCACUCUCAGCUGCAGCGGGAAGUCGAGCAAGCCGCGGAAGCGGCGCAGAAAGUUGAAGCUGCCAAGAGGCAACUACGAAUACAAGCUCAGCAACAGCAACAACCACCACAACAACAUUCAUGUGACGACGACGACGACGAAACUCGCGCCAAAUUAGUUCAAUUAGAAGACUUUCUCAUCUCGUUCUACCGUAGUUACGCCGACGUACGUCGAUCCAGCCAAAAGUGUAAAAAAUCGAAGAAACGAAUCGCGCCCACAUCCAUCUCGCUAUCAUUACCGUCAUCAUCGAGUUUGAGCGAAACGAACCCUCGGAAUAAGUGUGAUAGCCAGUGUGCCACCACCGACACAACUACCACCGAAGAACCAAAGUCACAACAAGCGGACAUCACUCAACAAGAACAAUCAUUGAAUACAUCGCAGGUCGAUCGUACUAUGAACCAGGAUCGGGAGACCGGAGAUCCUCACGUAGCAAUUGAACAGCAAGAACAAGCCAAACCACCAACAGCGGAAUUAGCGACCAAUGAGUGCCAACAACAGCAACAAACCCAACAACAACAUCAAAAACAGAUCAGCACCGACAAUCAAAGUGAUGCCAAACAGAAGCAAGGGGAUGAACCCCUGGCAUCAUCCUCAGCUGGGGCUGCUAGUGGCAGUAGUGGCAGUAGCAGUAACAACAGCCCCGCAACGACUCCCCAGAAGUCCGUCCAAAGCAAAGCGGAUAGUAGUACCAAAGAUCAAGCCGAGGAAAACGCGAAUGAAGAGGAGGACGAUGAAGAUACGACGGUCGCUACGACGGGAACUGGGACGACCGCGACUACGACUAGCAGUCAGCGAACCGUAGUCAACGUAGAUGCGGACAGCGUGGAACAGAAACGGAUCUCGGCAGUGUCUCCCGAGGCGAUCAAUUUCCACUCGAGAGCGCGCUGCGGUAUCAUCGAUGGGAAUGGUGACAGUACCGAUCCGGACGACGCUGAAGAUGCGGAUGAUGGUGACGUUGAUGACGACGGCAGUGGCGAUUUGGAGCGAUGUAGGCUGAGAAAGCGAAUCUCGGAGCUGGCGAACAAUUUUGCAACGGCCAAACAGUUCCAGCAGACGUGCGAUAAUAUCGACUCGAUCAACGAUGCCGAACUGCGGGCGCUGAUUCGGGAGCUCAAGCGGAAGAUUGAGUUUGCCGAGCGGAUGAAUUGGUUGUGUCUUUCGAGUCGACCACGCGGUCCGCCCCACCGGAAGACCAGCCUGCCGAAGCAUUCGGACGUGAAAAAGCGCUUCCUGGAGAUCGCCGAUACGACACUGUCGGACGAGGUGAAAUCCGCCCUCCGGCUGCCGGCAUUCGAUUCGUACGAGUGGGAGUACUGGGACGUGAUCCACCUGAUGCAGACCAUGUUCGUGGAGCUGAACCUGCUGGAAAAGUUCCAGAUCCCGCGGGAGACGCUGCGCGAGUGGUUGUACGAGGUGUACAAGCACUACAAUGACGUCCCGUUCCACAACUAUCGGCACUGUUUCUGCGUGGCGCAAAUGAUGUACGCCAUCACUUGGCACACGAACCUGGUGCAGAGGCUGGGCGAGCUGGAGGUGCUGAUUCUGCUGGUUUCCUGCAUCUGUCACGAUUUGGAUCACCACGGGUACAAUAACAUCUACCAAAUUAACGCCAGGACCGAGCUAGCACUGAGAUACAAUGACAUUUCUCCCCUGGAGAACCAUCACUGUUCGAUCACAUUUCGACUGCUGGAGCACCCGGACUGCAACAUUUUCCGCAACAUGAACAAGGACUUGUACAAAGACGUUCGUGAGGGUAUCAUUCGAUGCAUACUGGCCACGGAUAUGGCCAGGCACAAUGAAAUUCUGAUGCAAUUCCAAGAGGCUACUCCCAACUUUGACUAUAAUAAUAAAGUUCACACUAAUCUGUUGUGCAUGGUGCUAAUCAAGGUCGCGGACAUUUCAAAUGAAGCACGUCCGCUGGACGUGGCGGAACCUUGGCUGGACCGGUUGUUCCAGGAAUUUUUCGCCCAAAGUGCCGCCGAAAAGUCGGAAGGUCUUCCGGUGACACCGUUCAUGGAUCCGGACAAAGUUAGUAGACCGGGCAGUCAGGUGCGUUUUAUCGGACUUGUUAUUUUGCCACUAUUUGAAGCACUCGGUGAACUACUCCCGGAACUGACCGAUCUGAUCAUCGCACCUGCACGGGCUGCGCUAGAUUACUACAAGAAACUAAACGAUGUCGCUAGCAGAACCCGCCGUUCAAUCGCCGAGGCAGAACAAAGUUCGGAAAACAGUACGGGUACAUCUGCAACCGGAACGGCUGGCACCGGUGGAGGCAGCGUCGGCGGAGGAACCGGUUCCGGUGGUUCACCGCAACUACCGCGAUCCCAGAGUGGCAUAAGCAUGAAAUCGAGACGUAGUAUUCCUUCGCAAAAAUCCGCCUCUAGAGCGUCGGUUGAUGAGUCUAUUUUAAUUACAGCGGAACUGCACGACCUCCCCGAGGGCAGUGAGAGCGGUGACUCCGAGACGGCCACCGAAGUGGAUGUCGCAGAGAAAACGUCCAAGUUCAAGGUGGACACCGAAAGCAGCAACCGCAAGCAGUCGCAUCCGAACUCCCGCAAAGGGAGCCGCGAGAAGCGGCCGUCAAUGAUCGGCGAGUACUACACGACAGGUACGCGGAUUCGUGGCUCCCACGGCAACAUUCAGCAUACUAAUCGAACGUAUUUUGGUUCAAAUCGCGCCAUUAGCUUAGAUCAGUAUAGUAAUAACCGUCGAAUGUCCGACGGCAUCCAGAUACAGACAGUGGCGUCGGAUAACAGUGUGUACUAUCACCAGCGGCAGCACCGCAGUCUGGAGCAUGACUCCACCGGGAUGUACUCGUCGUCGGACAAGAGUACCAGUCUGAAUAGUACCAGCGAACAGCAGCAGCCGCCGCAGCAGCAGGCGGGGCCGCAACUGCAACAGCAGCAGCAACAGCAGGUGGGACUGGGGCCAUACCAAUCUAGUCAACAUGCGCAUUUACAUCACCAUCAUCAUCAUCAUCACCAGUAUCAGCAGGCGGCGGCUGCGCUACAUCAGCUGCGAGCGGUUCAGGACUGUGAGAACAUGAACAUUAGCGUUCCGUCGACGAUGGCGGCUGUCGCUUCAAGCAAGCUGUACACAAAUUUGAACAAUAACAAUAAUAGUAGCAACAAUAACAAAAAUGUUGGGAAGAAAAUGAACUGGAGUCAACAGCAGAAGCUGGAGAAGAUUCGGAAUGCUAGCAACAAUAACAACAACGAGAGAGAGACUAGGCAGGAUGGUACGAGUGGAUCGAUGGGGAAGACCGGGAAUGGAGGAGUAAAUGGUUCCAAUGGGACGACGUCGAAAUCAAUCAUAUCAAGACUGAAACAACUGACUGGUAGGUUGAGCUUUAGUUUUGACUCGAAAGAAUCUAAGAAACUGCAGCUGCUGGCGAACAGCAGUGGAGAGGACGGCAACGAAUCUCAGUCCGACGGAUCGGGCAAAGGUGGUUGCGCUCAGAGGAAGAAUCGUAUUUUGGAGAAAUCGAAGACUGUUGACGUAGGAGGACCGAUUGCUAUUUGCGAUGUCAGUGGGGAGUGCGUCGGGGACUAUUGCUACCCCGGAGGAGUGAUACUGAAUCAACCAAAGUCGAUUUCGCCGAUUCUGAUGCAACAUCGGAACAGCGAAGUUAUUAGCUCGAUUAAUACGGCUCGGAAUCGGGCGUAUAGCUUGGAUGUUCCGAUAUCGCGGAACUGCUGUCGAAGUUUGAGUGGUAGCACUGCCGGUGGAGGAGGCUCCAGUUGCGGUGGGAGCCACAAAAGUCUGACCUUUUCGUUGAAUAAAUCUCUCAACGAGGAAGCGAACGAUACGACCAUCAGUUCCGGAGGCGGAAUUCGUCCCCCGCCGCUUGAUGACACCACUAAAAGUGCAGGCAGUAUCAGCGAGACCAUUUGACAACACCCGUACGAGCCAUCGUUGCAGGGUAUCCUGCUUGCAUCAAGUUCACUGCAAACGGAUUCUCCAACGCCACCACCUUCGAAUCAAUCGAAUCAACUGUUACCGACCAGCAGCAGUUCCGGGGGUAGUCAUCAUCAUCAGCAGCAGCAGCAGCAGCACCAUCGGAACCGAAGACAGUCAUCGCAGGAGGAAAACGGUGGUAGUGGUGGUGGUGGUGCAGGGUCUCAACGGGCCCCGUACGCCGAGUCGGAAUCGAUUUCCUCCAAGCACACAUCGGUGCUGGUUAGCUACUGGACCUGUUUGACGGAACGGAUGAGCUCGUUGAUCUGCAAGUGCUGCGAACGGACACUGCCUCCACCGCCGGCGGAAAGCGUUUGAGAAUGAGGGGUGCGGGUGGUGGGCGGUAGGUUCAGCGUAGCGUUCGGUUGCCAAACAAGGGUGAUGCGGGGGGAAGCGUUUCGGACGGGUGCGUUGCCUUUUUGGCCGUCGUCUCGUGUGUGCUCUAAUUCAUGUCUUUGUUAGUUUUCAGGCUGCCGAAUUGUUCUUAUUCUAUUGAAAUUAUUUUUUAGAAGCAGACAAAAUUUCUGACGGCACCACCUGUUGGUGUCUAGCUGAAACUCGUUUGAAUUUCGACUUAAAGACGCUGAAUACCUCUGGAUAAAGACUCGCCAUCUCUAUCUUAUUCUUAUCAUUUAUCAGUAAGUGUCACUCCAGUCGAACACGAGACCUGUCAAAAGUCCUCAAUCCGAAGAAAAUCGCUUCGAAUCCUUCUGGAACGAGAACCAUUGACAGGUCUCGUGCUCGAUUGGAAUGAAGCUUACUGAUAAAUGAUAAGAAUAAGAUAGAGAUGACGAGUUUUUAUCCAGAGGGAUUCAGCGUCGUUAUUUCGACUGUACACAAACAAUAUUCUGUCGGAUUAGAUUGCGGUAUAUAUUGGAGUGUAAUUCGUGAUCUUCCAGUAUACAUUUUACUUUUUCGUAAUUGAGUUCUAUUGCAGCCGGUUUAGGUUGAAAACGUCACAAAUUAGGUUUGUUGCAGUACACGGAAGUCAAUCCGGAGUAAAAAGAAGCAAAAAAUACUUGCUCUUUUUACUCCUAUUUGCUACCUGAAGAAAAAAGAGAAGAAUACAGGAAGGAUUUUCUCCGGAGUACUUCCAGUUUCUCCUGGUACUGGAACAAACCUAUUAACUCAACAUAUUUGACAGUCCGAUAGUACUGUUAACAGGAACUCGAAUUUGUUUCAAGGGAACCGAAUUGUUGACAAAAAAUUUUCUAAGGUCAUGUAAACUUAAUCUCGACAAUUUUAUGAUUAGGGAGUAUAAACCAACUGUCAAAAUUCACCUUGAGGAGAAAUUCUGUAGGGGAAUUAUGGUUAAAACCGACACCUUAAGCUUAACACUUUUUCUAAGUUGCCACAAAACCAAUAAAAUUAUAAUUUUUAUGCAGAAUUCUUCUUCAGAAAAUUCUUAACAAGACUUAAUUUUUUCAGCGCUUCAAAAAAUUAAUUUCAUUAAAAAAUAUUGGUUGUAAAACAUGGAAAACAAAGUUACUUUUUGUAAGCACUGCGGGUAAAACCGACACCCCAUAGGGGUAAGAUCGACACCCCCUUUAAUUUAUUUUCUCUCCACUUUAUUAAAAUCUUUAUCUUUAUUAAAAAUGAGAUAUAUGCGUGAUUAAUAAAGUGUGAGUAUGUAUGAUGCAAAUAUGUGCUUUUUAUUGCUUCAUCAUGUAGUGAGGGGAAGAAAGUUCGAAAGCGUAGUACUAUAAAUAAGAGUAUUUUAUGCUAUAGGAUUAUUUAUUGAUAUGAGUAUUUCCAAAUAAUCCUUGCGCACAUCAUUGCAACCUCCAGUGUCAUUUUAUUUAAUAAGAGAAGAUUUUCAAGCGUUCUACGUUCUGCUAAUUGGAUUCAUUCACUUAUAAGACACACACACACACACACACACACACACUUCUUAGUAAAACUAUCUUUUUCAGAUUUGAUUUUUCGGACUCUGAUCAUCAACGAUCUAUUGAAGUAUACAUAAUAUCAUUGUCUCAUUGUGAUAAAAUUCGUCUAUGACAAACCAAGAGAACACUAGAAAUUUGGUUUGAUGACCUUUUUGCAGAAAUAGCAAAAGCUUCGUUAGAAUCAGAUAACCAAAAAUUCCAAUUUUUGAUUUUUAAAGAGACUUACAAGAAAUAAACACAAUAAAAGUAUUUCUGUGUAUUUCUGCUAAUACUAUAGUGUUUUAAUAGGUUAAUUGAAGUGUCACAAAGAUCCCCAGUAUUUUGAAAUGAAUCGCAACUAUACACAACCAUCUUAACAGUGUGUCGGUUUUACCCUAACCAUAGGGUGUCGGUUUUACCCCAACAGCGCACAUUUUUUUAUAAAAGCAAUUAAAAAUAUUGAAUUUUUCAAACUCUUCUUCAAUGCACCUAGUUGAUCAUAGGACAGGCCGAUAAUAACAGGUACUGAAAAAUGGGGUGAUUUGAAAAGCUUUUGUUCGGUUAAAACCUUAAAAUCUACCAACGAAAUUUUACAUCCAGACAUUCGGCGCACUAACGUAAAUCCAAUUUUUCUUCUAAAUAAACGUACUAAUAAUAUUGUAUCAUUAUGAAAUGAAUAAAAAUUUGAUUUCUAGGAAAAGUUGUGGGGUGUCGGUUUUUCCCACAAUUCCCCUACAAACUGUUGCUUGGCAGUGACCGCUGUUGGUAAUAAACAUUAGAGAAAAGUUUUCUCUUUCGUAAACUGCUGUGAGCUGUAUUCAGUUGUAGCGGUUUGUCCGAAAUUUCUCCUCAAAGCGAAUUUUGACAGUUGGCUGUUACGCCUCGAUUGUAUCCCAGUAGAGUUCAGCCGAAAAUGAGCCGGAAUUCUUGCUGGUUUUAAUUAGUAUUUCGGCUCCAGUGACACAGCCGAUUCUAAUUAAAAUUUAACUAGGAUGUCAAGAAUUGUUCUCUCCGGGCAAGAUAUGCGAAGAAUAAAACAGUCAGACUAGGAACCUUUCAUUCCAUUGUGAAAAAUAAGCAGUGCUCCCAAACAAAGCUCGAUUUGCUCGGUUGGAUCAAUAGUUUGUCAGUUUCUCUGGUUUGACAUGGCCUUCGCAUAUCUCGAUUAACGACGCUGAAUCCCUCUGGAUAAAAACUCGACUAGUCUAUCGUUUGUUUACCAUUUAUCUGUCAGUGUCAUUCCAAUCGAGCACGAGAUCUGUCAAUGGCCCUCGCUCCUGAAGGACUCGAAGCGAUUUUCUUCGGAUUGAUUGCUUUUGACAGGUCUCGUGCUCGAUUGGAAUGACACUUACAGAUAGAUGAUAAGAAAAAGAUAGAGAUGGCGAGUCUUUAUCCAGUGGGAUGCAGCGUCUUUAAUCUCGAUCUCUAUUAGGAUAACUAAUGUAAACAGUACUUGUGAACUGUCGUAAAAAGUGAAGUUUACUGUGUAAAGAACUCUAUGGUUAAAAUAAAUUGAUUCUGCUCAUUCGACAAGCCUCACACUGGUUUGUUUUUGUGUAUUUUAUUGAUUCAAACACUCGUCAAACGUCAAAAUAUUGUCAAAUAAUUUCGAAAUUACUCAGUUUACAAAUUUUAUUUUGAUAAACUGUUAAGCUUAGAGUUCGAACGCUUUCUGUUCCAUCACUACUUGUUCGGUAUACUGUCUUAGAUGGACUAAUUAUAGAAAAAAUGAAAUUAAUAGAUUCUGUGUUUUGGUUUGAAACUGUGAAAACAACUGUGACUACUCCACCAUGAUUAACACGGUCACAACACUCGUAUCCAUAUCCCGUAUUCGAAAAGAAGUGCCAUCUACAAGAGCAUUUAACUCUAUUUUAAACAAAACAUAUCACUUUCUAUCAAGACUCGACACUGAUUAGAAAAUGAUUUAUCGGAGAUCCGAAUGCGAAACACAACACAUACACACACAAACCGCUGAAAGAGUUUCAAAUCAAACGAAAAUCCGAAUUUACGUAGAAGCCCUCGAGUGCUCGCUAGCAUUUGUCGGGGUCUAUUCAGUAGGCCAGCGAGUCGUUUAGGAUUGAUUUCGAGUAGGUGACUAUCGUCCUAUUUACAUUGCCAAUGAGAAAAAUAGAGGAAACAGACAUCCAAACUCGGAGAAAUUAUUGCGAUUAUCAUACCUUCAACGUUAAAAAUUAUUAUUCUUUGACUGCUAAUUUUUAGUUCGAUUUCCGUUUGGGCUGUCAGUCCAUCCCCUAAAAACUACUGCUCUUGCCAAAAACCUAAUCCUUCCCCGGCACUACCUUACGGCAUUACUUCGGGGAGGGGUUUUUAUGUGCAUAGUACCCACCCUAAUUCAACUACCUGGAAAUUAAUUCCUUCAGUAGGAUUACAGCACCACUCCUCGACACAUCACCAGUUCUUGGUCAUCCGCAUAGACUAGCAGCACAGACUAACAGACAUAACACUAUGAGAAGAUUCCCUAAAAAAACAUAGAUCCGACAAUUUUCCCAGAACACUAGUUACCUCUCAGGUUUGGGAACAAUUUUUCACUAGUGGUCUAUCCCCCAUAUGCUUGUUCAUAUGCCAGUGGCGCCAUAAUUUCAAAUGUGGCCACAGUCUCAACUACAAAUAUAUUUGAAAUGACCGUUAAAGCGGACGAAGUUUUGUUUUUGAGUGUUACAUCGUUAGUCUGUGCUAGCAGUUUUUGCAUGACAGUUGGAAACCUAACUGUAGGUCGAGACUUAGUACUCCUCCCCUAAGAAGAUAGUUUGGGCGGCAAACUUCAAAUUGUCUAAUUUACCGAGACUUUCGGCUCCCUUGUGCCAUUCAGCACCGCGACUUGGCACCCGUGUUCCAUUCAACGACGCAACUCCCACUAGAACCACUUACCUUCCCGACAUGUUCACGAACUACUCGGUCUAGUUCCCGACGAUGGACCUAGCCUACUCCGACGGAGAAAUCCCCGGCGAGAGAAGUUCCCCAAAACCGAGCGAACCAACCAGGUGUCGAGGCCAGUUCGGCGAUUCUGGCGAAGCAGGGCGUCCGGUUUGCUGGUGCCCCGGCGACCCGUGACUGGUAUUUGUUUUGUAGACCAGAACCGGGUUCUGCAAAUAACUCAACAUUCUACACAGACAGCUGAGACAAUAGUUGUGUGCAGUGGUUCAUCAAUUGCUUCUCAGCUCGCGCUAUUUGACAGGUGCUUGACGUCUAUCAUAAACAAAGAAUAACAGCGAUUCUUGCUUCUCUUCUACUUGAGCGCCGUCUCGGCUCUUUCCUUCAUUGUCCGAAUGAUGUAUAGACUUCGCUUUUCGGAAUUUGAAAUUGUUUAUACAAGCCGUGAUCGCUCUCCGCAAAUUUUGAAGUGGAUAAUCCUGUUGAGUACAAUACUCUCCAAAAAUUCCCAGAGUAUGCAACCAGCAUCGAAGAAGAAUUUCCUGUUUAUGACAGUAGUACAAGCUUCCGUAUCAAAUAUGUGCCAGGGAAAUGACCCGCAGCUAGAAAUUUUUGGAGCCCCAUCCUGAGCAUGUCUGGGAAUGCCUGGAUUGAUACUCUCAAAGUGACGUUGGAGAUUCAAUCCGAUCCAGAAACUUUCUUUACCUUCAAACCUUUCAAAAUGCCCCGUUAGUUCUUCGUGGGAGACUUGUGCUGCUCCGGUGUUAUUCCGCGUAACUUCGUCUUACGGUAUAAUUGACCAUAUCGUAGGAACGUGCUCCGAGAAGAACCUUCCUAUGUCAUCACCACAUGACAUGUAUCGCUCUAGAACAGAUGUCACGUUUUAGUGUGGCUCAUACGGUUCGGAGCAAUAUAUUUUGCUCCUCUCUGUUUGUUUCGGUACUUGGUCUCUUAACGUUACUUCUGGCUCUUCCUUAUUUUCUGUUUUCUUGGCAUGGAGCCCUCGCUAACGUUUUAGUUAGCUCUUCCGCAAGUCACAGCAGUUGUUUAUUACGUUCCUUUCUCACUGUACAUAUUGGCCUGAUUGAAAACCAACCAAAUUAUCGACGAAGUUAAAAUAAACACAACAGACUGGGAAAGAACCAUGCGCAACUCACUGUGUGAACGAGAUCUAUUCCCCGAGGGUUGCCACCUCUAGUACGCCUUUCACCCGGAGAUUUUUACUGACCCAGGAUGCAAAAACAUGGGUAUAGGCUCAAAUCAGACAGAUAUAUUAAUCAGAACGAUUUAUCGACAUUUUAGAAAAAUUUAAUCGCGUAUUAUUAUCUAAAAAACAAGUAUAAACCUUUUGAUUCCGUCAGUAACUCGCUAGGGUUGGUUGGUUGGAAAAUUACCAAAUUGACUCACAUUCACCGCUGUUUUGUAUUGGCAAAGCAUAAUGCGUACCACUGUUCAGUUCCGUUCACAUUAGGCUUUGUGAACACUAAUUUUUCGCGUUAGUAAACAGUUUUGUUGGUUUAGAUGGGUGUAGAAUUUCAAUUUCCCGGUUAACCGCAAAGAACCCAAGAGCACCAGCCACUCUCGCUGUAGUGAAUAAGCCGAGCAUUGCUUUCCGCCACAGCGGAAGAGAAGAGUGAACGACACUGCAGCGUCUGCUGGUCAAUCCCGGACGGGUGGCAACCCUAUCCCUUUCGUCUUUUCGCCCCGCUAAACCGCAUUUCAUGUCAAUAAGAUACUCGGGCAGCCAAUAAGCGUUCAAAAUAUACUCAUGUUAACAUCUAGUGCAUUGUGCCCAUUCCCUUACGUAAACUGUUACUAUUUGAUCCUAUCUCACUUUUCAGCCUGACACUUGCCGUCGCCGGCACUCCAUGCCGUUGUCAACGCACGAAUACCGAUGUGACGAAGGCGGGUCCCUCUGAUGGUCCUCCAUCGUCGCCGAUGCAAUCAUGUUCGAUCGCUCUCUUCUGAGCGCUAGAUGGUUCGAAUGUGCUGAUAGCACACUAACGCGGGCCACCCGUUUCUUCUGCUUCACACUGCUUCGAUCUUCGGCACUUUUUGUGCCGCAGCAGCCACACCGUGCCACAAUUCACACAAACUAUCCGGUUGACGGCAGAGAGACCAUCGCUCUUACGUCUGCUCACGUUCGCGAGGAGCGCACAGUCGAAGACGGCACUAAUAGGGAGAUACCACUUGCUAUGUAGGACUUUUCAGGUUAUUGUUUGGUUAUGAUGGCAGUUUUACCUCUGGUCGAGAGCCUUCUUUAGGAACUGUAAGUCGUAGUUACACUGUUUAAGAUCCAGUGAUAUGUUUCUGCGGAAUAUCGUGUGCUGUUGGGAAUAAAUUAUGUUACUUCAAUUGAGAAUAAUUCAUCUCGUAGUAGACGAAUUUCGCGCCAAAUUGUAUUCAGAGUUGGCAGCACCCUCUCGGAUUCUAAUCAAACUUUCUGUACAUGAAGAUUUUGUCACAAAAAGCCACUUUGCAUAUUUUGUUUUUCCAAAAACGAUCUAGACUGUCUUUUGAAAAGGGCCAAACUUUUUUACCAAUUUUUUUCAAAUGGUUAUAGUCUAAAAAUGACAAAUCCUACAAAAAAUGUUGUAGGAGUGGUUUUCACAAAAUUAUUCAAAUUUUCGAAAAAAAAUAUUGAAAAAAUCCUUCAUUGACUCCUACACUGAAAAAAAUCGAUUUUUAAAAUUUAAAGUCGAUUUACAAAAAAAAACCAUUUUUGAUUUGGAUGAAAUUUUGUUCCAAGAUUAUUAUGUUCCCUACCUACCAUCAAAAAUUCAAGUAGGGUACUUUUAAGAAAAAAGUCAUUUGAAAAAAAUUUUUCCUUGUCCAAACUGAAUUUUUUUCUUCAGUGUAGUUUUAUCGAAAACUAAACCAAUGAAAGUCAUAAUCAACUCAGAAUCCAAUAAAACUCAGUUUGUGAGAAGCAUAUUUUUAUUAAGGGGUUAACUACUUUUUCAUUUUUCAUAAAAUCGAUUUUUUACUUUAUCUGAAAGUACAACUCCUUGAGAAUGUUUUCCUAAAUUUUUAUUAAGAUCCGAGAAAUAGAUCAAAAGUUACAGCGCUUCCAAGCGCGCUUCGUCUACCAAGAGCAGUGGUAAUUUGAAAUUUUAAACUCGAUUAUCUCGAAAUGUCGUUUUACUAAAAAUGGUUUUUCCGUGAUCACGAUUGCCGAAAAAUUACUCAAUCAAUUUGCUUAACUUUUUUGCAAUUGAUCGUAAUUAAUUUUUCUCAUGCUUUAACGAUUUCUUUUUUAUUCAUAAAUUUUUGUGUCAUGGAUAUGAUUUUUUAGUACCAUUUUUAGAGCUUAAAACAGCGAUCUUUUACUAAAAACGUUCUCUAAUGCAGGAAAAAAUGAUUCAAUUAAUCGUUAAGGUACGAGGAAUACUCAUAUACUAAUGAAAUUUUUUGAGUUUUGGGAUUUUAGAUGAUCUCCAAUCGUGAUCACCGCAAACCUCUUAAAUAAAAAAGGGUUUCGGGGAAAAAGCCAUAACUACGCCAAUUAUCAAUUUAUUUUACUAAACUUAUGCUUGUUUAUUUUACUGAAAAAUGUACUGCUAAAAUAUUAUAAGUUUGAUGUAAUGAAAUCAUUGCUUUAUUGCUUUACGUAAAUUCAAACUUUCUUGACAUUGUCAUCACUAAAAGGUAUGUAACCCCUUAAUCAAGAAUUCCAUUGAAAAGAGUUUAUGUAGUUAAACAAAUAUUCUAUUAUUACUUUUUUAUUUUCUUGUUUAGUGCUGAGGAAGAAUCAGAGAAAGAAUAACCACCACAACAUUAUGUAUUGAAUUUUACAUAAUUAUUUAUUUAUUUUUAUAUAUUGUAUUUGUCCUAAUACUAUCUUCAUGCAUGCUAUUUUGUAUUAUUUCUAUACAAGGAAAAUAUUUUUGGUUCAUCUUCUUAAUUAGAAUACCUUAUCGUCUCUAUUUGCCCCCAGGAAUAGGCACAAAACUGUCGAAUUUUUGAGUUCCAGAUAUUGUUUUGGCGUUAUUAUACAGCUCUUGGAGUUAUUCUGACAUUUUGUUGUACCGUUCAGUGAAUAUGUAGCAGAAAAUUAAUUUUGUGAAAUUUUUAUCAAAACAACUGCCCAGUUAUAUAACUCUCGGGGACUUGUUAUGGUAUUUCCAGAGUCGCGAGCAAGAUUGGUUCUUUUUGCCAUUCGCUUGAGAGUGGCACAAAUAGCAUCAUAGGGUCCUUUUCCAUGGGAUGCUGCAACAAAAUGUCAUUCUGCGCUUAACUCAUACUUUGUCUGGAAUCUACACAAUCUUGCGAAGUUUUGCUAAUUUUUCUAUUGUGCUGCUGUUCCAUCAGACAUAAAAUAAAUUUUGGAAAAGUUUGUCAAUUGUUUCAUAAAAUUUAUCAGUUUAGAGAGGUACAAACGAACUGCAGUCUUCAAGUCUUCCAGUCUUCCGAUCUUCCAAUCUUCCAGUCUUCAUUCAAGUUUGUUAUGAAUACAUACCAAAUUCGUUACUGAUACUUUUUGCAUAUAUCAGGCAACUAGCAGCUGGGAAAAUUAUUCUAAGAUGAUUAUGACUUUCAUUGGUUUAGUUUUCGAUAAAAAUACGCUGAAAAAAAAAUCAGUUUGGACAAGAAAAAGUUUUUUUCAAAUAACUUUUUUCCUAGGUAGGGAACAUAAUUCUUGCAACAAAAUUUCAUCCAAAUCAAAAAUGUUUUUUUUUGUAAAUCGGCUUUAAAUUUUUAAAAUCGAUUAUUUUUUUCAGUGCAGGAGUCAAUGAAGAAUUUUUUCAAUAUUUUUAUUCAAAAAUUUGACUAAUUUUGUGAAAAUCACUCCUACAACAUUUUUUGUAGGAUUUGUCAUUUUUAGACUAUAGCCAUUUGAAAAAAAUCGGUAAAAACAAGUUUGGCCCUUUUCAAAAGACAGUCUAGAUCAUUUUUGGAAAAACAAAGUAUGCAAAGUGACUUUUUGUGACAAAGUUCUCAUGUACAGAAAGUUUCACUAAAAUCUGAAAGGGUGCUGCCAACAUUUGUUCGAGUUGGCGCGAAAUUCGUCAGUAGGCACUUAGGCUGGCGCUUUCGUAAUGACUUCUCGAUCCUUCGCGUGCUUGUGCGUGAUCUCUGUACGGUAUGAACUUUCGUGAGCUAAGAGAGUCCCAGUGCAAUGACAGUUUCCAAGCAACCAAAAGUUCGUAUAAAGCGGACCCUACACGAACAUUGUCAAUAAAAAUAUUGUCAAGAUUGCUUCAAUACGUCAAUCCCAUUUGAAUUCUACAGAAUCAAUACUUUCAAAAUGUCCUUACACGACCAAUAUAUUGAUCAAUAAUUAGUUUAUUGUCAAUAUUUCUGCUCCCUUAGUGUGAAUAUCCCGAAUCUGGAAGAUCACCCAGCACGCUCUGACAGUCAAAUAGGACCUUUCCUGUUGCUGGUAAAUAAGUGAGCAACACAGGGAUCGUUACUCCCCAACCAAAUGUACGAUUGCUGUGAUGGAAAGGCAUCGACCAUUUCUGUACUACACAGGGAGCUGCAUAAGCUUCGCAUUUUAAGUAAUUUUGCAAUACGUUUUCUGUUCUAAUUGCGGCUUAAGCAGUUUUCAAGUUCCAUUAAAACUGAAGCAGCUUGAAAGUUUACUAAGAACUUUAUGUGAACUAUAAAGUGUGCGUUUUAAGUAUUAUCCGCACUUCUGGUUGUUUGUGUUAAUUUUCCCUCGAAACUGAUGGAUUGUCUCUACGAUUUUUUAAAACUACGCUAAUUAAGAAUUUUUCUCUCGUGGGUUCGAUGUGUAGCGUAUCGAAGCACUACGAAAAGCCGUUGUUAGCAUUUCGUUUGGUUGAGUGAAGACCAUAGUUCCAUUUAGGACAGGAUCCGCCAUCUCUGUUCCUGGCCAUAGAUGUAAUGCAGAGCAAAUAAGGAGAAAGAUAAAAAAUACUCUUUGCACUUUUCAUGCGAACCACCGCUCUACUCUUUCACAAUAAACCUCUUCACUCCGAUAUGUGUUGCUCCCAUACGUACAUUCUACUCCAUGGCUGCACACCUCAAAGAGUAGAAAUAAAGAGGCUCUUUAGUGUGAAUCUUGGUCCCAUGCGCACGGAAGCAGAGAAGGCAACCAAAAAACAUUUUAAAAAUCCAAUUUUUCCAUCAAUCUUUAGCUGAAUUGUAGUUUUAUUCGCCUUCCUACCUGCUUGCCAGUGAGGGGAGGCACAAAAAGAAGGAUCUUCAAGGUGACUCUUUGCGCGAAAUUGUGCAGCUCUUGGUGCACAGAUCUUUCUCUUUUUCGUUUUCAAGUUUCUCUUUGUGCGAUCGUUCUGUACAUUGCAGUGUUUUUGUGCUGCUCAUUUUUCAUCGGUGUAUUUCGCUCUUUGUGCACAUUGAGUGAGUAAAUAACAAGCCUGUCCCUGGCUGUCGAAACAAUCUCAAAUCAGACCCAAAAAUAUUUCUAAAACUACAUCAAAUGUAAAUUUGAUUCUUCUAUAAAACGAAAUCUAAUCGAAUUUGAGAAUUCGUGAAAUUGGUUCAUAUAGAAUUAAUUUUUAAUCUAAUCAAAACGAGUAGAUGUUAAUCCAACAUAUGUUAGUAUGGCGUUGGCGGUAAAACAUGAUGAUGAGUUAUGUUCUUCCAUAGACCAUGCGGUAGACUUGGGUGCAACGCUCAACUCCUACUUAGCAGAAGGCAAAGAAUUCUUUCCUUUCGAUCAUGUCCAUAUGAACCUGCAUAGUCCUAGUUUUCCGUUCUAAGUUUAUAACUGAUUCGCUCUAGAAUACCUAUUCAUCUUUCAAUUUCAUUGCUUUCGUUUCUCUUAGUCUCAAAUAGCCAACAAAAUCGAUACAGUAAUCCAACAUAUUGGCAACACUGUUGAGUUACUUUCAAGAGGAAUGAAGGAUGAGAAUGUCUAUUAAACAUAACUCCACAGUGUAAUACGCUCUUUGCGUGUAUGCCUUAAACAAAUAACUUUCUGCUCGUACGUUCUCGCCCGUUAUUGCCGCAUGGUUUUGUUGACCAAUGAUGCAUCGAACGGCCAGAUGGCCAUUAUACGAGUAGUCUUCGUAAACAGUUCAACUCAUGUUUGCCAAAGAGCUAAGUCAAUGAUGAAAUCCCAGCCAUCCGUACGAAAAGAACUGCCGGGGCCCUCUUUGCAUAGCCUAUCAUCCAUUCUGGAACUGAUUCCGGUCACUUAAUAUAGACUAAAUUCUGUGGGAAUCUAGCUCAUAUUUCUAAUAAAAUCCCCACUCAAGGUUAAAAAAGUCCUUUCAAGAAUCCUAAUGGAAACACAUUCAUCCUCCCAUGAGGAUCCCAUAAGAAUCUUGAGAUGAAUGUCAUCAGAAUCCCGAGAGGGAAUUAAUCGGAAUUCUACCAUAAGCAAAGAUCGGUAAAUCGGAUUGCUAAGAAGGAUUCUAUCUGAAUACCAAUUGGAAUACUAAAAAAUUUAAACAGUAUUUUGAAAAGGAUUAUAUCAGAAUGUUAUUCAUUGAUGCACCAAAAAUAUUUAUUAUUGAAAGAGAAUAAACCGGGGUCAGUGACUAAAGCAACGAUACUGGGACCUUAGAAAUUAUAGAUCACAAAUUUUAUUGAAUCGGUAAAGUCAUCCUAAUUGUAGAACCGGUGAAUUGUACGGCUCGUUAUCCGAAAAGAUGUACAUCGUAUAAUUCCCUUAUUCCACGUGUGAAUGAGGAUUGCGAUACUGAUUGUGUUAUAUCCAUGGGUCGAAUUAAAAUAUCGGACCACCUUAAUAUUGCGAACGUUGGUUUCAAAAGUUUCUAGUCUAGUCUAGUCUAGUCUACACAUACACAGCCAGUACAUGUAGGGAUCCUGGAAAAUUGCAGACGUUCGCCUACAAUUUUUCUUGUCAAUAUUGAUGUUUGUGGUAAUAUGAUAUGUGACACUAUCAUUAAAGCGGCCAGCCCAACUGUGCAGCGUACAAAGUGAGGAUGUUUCAAAAUUAUACGGCAAUUAAAUUAUUCAUUUAAUUAAGAAUAUAAUCAACGAACAAUUUCAAACCUUGAAUAAGGCAGAAACAUGGACAACCGUACUGAUCGUUUCAAUUUGGUGGGGAUUUGAUAAAUCGUUGGGAGUGACUUGGCUAAGAGGGUUAAUGUCACUCGUUUGGUCCUAAGUUCCUGGCAUGGGAUGGGACAGAAGUAUUUAGCCCUGUCCUGGCUAAUGAGCCUAGGUUAUAGAGCCUUUACUCGCUCUACAUCUUGUCCUGGCUAGCUCUCUGCAAAGAAACAUAAAACAUAAUGUCUAACGCAUUUAGUGAUACGAAGAUGAAAUUUUAAUUUUUAAAUCAAAAGCUUACCAGAAAAGUGUAAACCUCUUUUGUAAAGAGCUAGGUAUUAAUUUAAGAUAGAAAUCCUGAAAAUAUCAGUAAUUCUGAUGACCACAAGAGUACAAAAAUGAAACGAAAACUUCGUUAUAUUUAUACCAGACAUACGUGUGAGUCCCGAUUCCAAGCAACCGUUUCCGUACGCGUUAUCGAUGUUUGCACGCCAACAAUUGAUUAUGGUAACAAGAUGUACUAGAGACAGGCAAGAGUACUAUACUACUGUUUUAUUAUUGUUAUAGUCUUCUAUACUACAAUCCUAAUGAAUAUACAGACUAUAGUAUUAUUAAUAGAAGAAAAUUUAAUAGAACUCAAUAGAACUUUACGGAAUGUCAAAUGUGCAUUCUGAUAAAAAUUGACUACACCAAAUUUUUUGAAAAUGAAUUUUCAAAUAUAGUGCACUUUAUAUUCGUAAAUGUUGAAUUUUCGAACCACCCCAAUUGCUAAAAUAUUGCGGCGAAAAAAGGAAAACUUCGCAUCAAAUAUGAAUUCAGCGCCACAAAAUUACCCCAAUGUGAAGUUUAUAAUCGUUUAUAAAAUUACGAAAUAGGACCAUGAACAAAAAUCAUGUGCUUUAUAAUUAUGUUUAAUUUCCCUUCAGCAACGCCCGCAUAACGCUUUUAUUAGUGGAAACAUUUGUUUUUGUUUUGUGAACUUCAGUCACACUUUCCACCAAGUCACUAUUGAAUCGAUUUUCUGUACGUGAACUAGUUCACAACUUUAUGAAUAUUAUUCAUAAAACCAAUGGUUAACUCAUGAUGUUGUUCAUAGAUUUAGAAACAUUAGUACACAAAAUCAAAACAUUAUGGAUAUUAUCUCAUGAACUAGUUCGCGAAACUCGGAAUUUUGUUCAUGAAUCCUUUCAAUCCUCGUGAACUAAUUCAUGCCUAAUAUAUUAGUCACGAUCCAAUAUCCGUGCUCGUGAAAUAGUUCACAAAGUUAUGAAAUAUUUUUCAUGUAUUCGUGAACUGGUUCAUGGAUCCUAGUAUAAUAGCCACAACUUACCAUUCAUGCUCGAGAAAUAGUUCACAAAAUCAUCAAAUAUUGAUCAUGUAUUCGUGAACUAAUUCAUGAUUCCUAAUAUAUAGUCACGGUCCAUUAUCCAUUCAUGCUCGUAAAAUAGUUCGCAAAAUCAUGAAAUAUUGUUCAUGUAUUCGUGAACUGGUUCAUGAUACCUAACAUAAUGAUCACGACUUACCGUUGAUUGUGAAAUAGUUCACGAAAUCAUAAAAUAUUCAUGUAUUCGUGAAUUGGAUCAUGAUCCCUAGCAUACGUCUGACAAUUCGUCAAAUAGUUCACAAAAUUAUGAAAUAUUAUUCAUGGAUUCGUGAACUAGUUCGAGAUGAACGCAACGCUCACGAAAAAAAAAUCGAUAACACACACACACACACAACGAGCCUUUGUUAGUAUUUGGUUUCGUAUCAAAUUGCUGCUUACGAAUCUCACAAAAGAUUCCCUUUCUUCUCCACCCUUACAUUCCCCCCACCCAUCCAUCCAUCACACGAAAUCUCGACGGUGAUGUUGUGCUGCACUACAUUUUGUUUUGUUCAAUUCUUUUCUCCGCUGCUAUAAAUAGCUCAUGACCUGAAACUUCUAGUAAAAAAAUCCGACGUCAGAUUCCUAGAUUAGAGCCGACAAACAUCUAUUCGCUAAAAACACCUCUUUACAACCCGUACCAUGACGACAUGUACUCGCUGCGUAGUAAAAUGGCAUAUAUAUGCUUCACACUAAUGAUAAGUGAGAUAAUAUCGUUUGGCUCCCCGCCGCCGCGCCGGUAUUUCAGUACCGACAUUGGCGCCUUUUGCUUUGUACCACUUUCCCGCUGUUUUAUAGUUUUAUAGUUAACUAUAUUUUAGAGUUGUUGAUAUAGUUCACAAAACUGUUGAUAUCUUGAACAUGAGUCACAUUACGCCACUUGUCAAAUUGAAAAGUAAGCUUUAUAAUAAAAUAUCAGGAUAAAGUGAACAGAAAUUACGCAAAUCGUGACUAAGAUCUUGAAAUCAUGAACAUAAACCACACUAUUCGUGACAAAAAUGUCAAAAAUCGUAACUAAGAUCCUGAAAUCAAGAACAUAAAUAAUCAUAAAUCUCUACUCGUGACUAAAAUAUCACGACAACGUAAAUAGAAAUCACGAAAAUCAUGACUAAAAUAUGACGACAACGUGAAUAGAAAUUACGAAAUGCGCGACUAUGAUCAUGAAAUCAUGAACGUAAAUCCUCCGUCUUAUAGAAAAAUUCGAUAGUAAACUCAUGAAUAAAAUAGCACGGUAACGUGAUGAGAAAUCACAAAAAUCGCGAAUAUACUCCUGAAAUCAUGAACAUCGUUUGACUGUCGGCUGUGUAUUCCCAAAUUAUGAACAUGAAUCAUAACAAAAAUUAAACAUGUCUAGGGAACAACAACAGUAACCCAACCAAACAUUCGAAUGUAACGCCAUGUAUAUAUUCGGGGUGAACUAGUUUUUUAGAAACAAAAUUGUUUCAUGAAUACGAGGUUUAUUAUUCACAAUUUCAGGAAUUUGGUCACGAUUUUAGUAAAUCGUUCAGUUCACGAAAUCAUGAUCUUUUGUUCAUGAAUUUAUGAACGGAUUUUUUUCCGUCGGUAUGGCUUCGUUCCCCCGCUGAAUGAAGGCGUGCUGGAACAGUCUACUGUAGUUCGGUCAGUCCUGCUCGUCUUCUUCUUCUUCUUAGCUUCUGUUUGGCUUGUUUGUGAAACAAAGCCCAAAAUGGCACAGCAUAUAAAGCUAUAUUGCCAGUUAAUUUUCGUUUAUAGUCCGAUGGACUUUACUUUUUGUGACUAACCGACGAUAAACUCGCAGCGCCACCAAAUUGGUCCACCACAGCACGAGUAAUUCGCCCAAUCAAGGUGAAAAAAGCGAAUUAUCUAGCACUCGGUGAGAACCAACAUGUCGACACGUUGAAAUUUUCACCGGAAGUCGUCCUGCUCGUCUGAAUAAGCAAGUAGGGGAAGAUGGGGUAAAACGCACCCUCGGGGCAAAAUGCACCCCUUGCUUAUAUCGAAAACAGCUGAAAAUUUCUAGAAAACGGUAACACCAGUCGGAAGUCAGCCAUAGUAAACAUACUUUGUCAAAGUUUGAUAACCGUACAUAAAUAGCAGCUCGAGAAAUAAAUAAAAAACAAUAACGUGCUCUUCUCAUGUAAUUAUUGUGGCUCGUACAACAAGGAUUUUCCGCUCUUAUAAAUACUGUUUUACUAUUAUAUUUGAGCAUUCCAGUUCUAUUCAUACCGCUGUUCAUUAUUCUGUCGCACUAGAUAUGAAAAAUCUACAAAAUAAUUCACUUUUUGCUAAAUUUAUAUCUCAGCUCAAUCGGAGGCAAAAUGCCCUCUUCUCUGUUUUUUCUGAUUUUUAAUCGAAAGCAGAAAAAUCGUUUUGAAAACCUACCAAUUGCAUAACCUAAGGCUAUUUAAUGGCACGCUUUUGUGAAAUCUCGUCAGAAAACAAAACUACUUGCUUGUUCGCCGAGCAUUAUGUCCCGUUGUUGUGGUGCAUUUUGCCCCGCUUAUUUUUCAAAAGGUGAUUUUUAUUGAUUUUUAAGAAUUGAAUUAUUUUCAUGUUUUUGAAUAUUUUGAAAGCGUUAUGAUUUUGAUUACAGAGGAAAAUGUUGGCUAAACGAUAUCAUUAGUAAAAUUCUCCCAAUUGAUGUUCUAUAGCUUAGUUAUGAGCAUAUUUCCUUAGGGGGUGCGUUUUACCCCAUCUUCCCCUAUUUACAAAAUCUACAUAAGCAGAAUGGUCAUAGUGUGCGACGAUAGAAAUUUUUUCUCUGUUUGUUUUUCUUGUUUUGAGGCAAUCAACAAAAUUGUUUCCAAGGCAGCUGAAAACUUUUUUUGGUAACUGACACCAUCAGUUUAUAAGGCCUUGCGGGUUGGAAUAAAUGCCGAGGCCAACAAUUGGUAAUCUUCAAACGAUCAACACCGGAGGGUUUGAGUUUUUCUUUAAAUCAAAAUGAGACUCGUUCGGUUUGGGUUUUGGGUAGAAAAUUUGAAAAUCCGGCCAUAUUUAAUAUAUAUACAAAACUUACCGUUCUACGCUGGCGUAUCAGCUACCGAAAUCGGUGUUGGAUAAUACGGUGAACUAUGGGCGCCGCAUACGAUCUUGAACCUGCUGAAGGCAACACUUAUGCCCCGAAUACUACUGGCACGAGCGAUCUGUGGGGCGUCAGAGAAAUUCGGUGUGCACUUCACAAAUGCCAUUUGUCCUUUCCACCAGCACGUAGAAGCCACAGCUUAACGCUUAAAAUUGUUCCGUUAACUCUGGACCAGCAAUCCAGCGUAUUGUACUUAGUAUUUCACUAACGGGAAUGUGUCGGAAAUGAUCCAACCACCAAUGCUUCGGAAAAUGCAGCAAAAUGUUGCGGACUCUUGAAACCAGCGGACACUUCAGAAGGAAACUUUUGCCUGACUGAACUUUCUUAUGCUGAUUUCGUUUUCAGAUCAGAGUUGCUCUAGGUUCGCUCGGAACUGUCACUUUUGCAUGAAUAUUGUAAACAUUAGAGCGAACCUAGGGCGACUCGAUUCUAAAACCGAAAACAGCAUUAGAGCCAUCGAUGCACUUUAACUUAUUAAUGUGGGAAGUACUCACUAAAACAAAAACCGGAAACAGCACCGACAUUCAAAAUUUUUAACUAUUUUGAAGAAAAAUAUAUGAGAAAGGCAAAAAUUGACGGGAGUGAAAAUUUCUUGCGUCCGACGCGCAACGCGUGCUUUGAUCGAAUCUGCGAACGUUGGUUUCAAAAGUUUUCAAAAAAUCAUAUUUUAUUCCAUUCGUAAAGGAGCGGUAGGGAUAGGUUAGCCUUUUUCGGCGUUUCUAUUCGAUAUAUGACGCUGUCUUUCGUUGUGCGAUUCAAUUCAAAUAAUAAGAAAGACAUUAUCCAACUCGUUUAUGUUGCAUUUUACAUAUUGUUUUGUAGAAGUUGUGGGUGAUAUUGUGAUUUCAAGCAUAAUUCAAAGUAUUUUUUGUUUUGUUUAAAGAGGUUCUAACCUUAGGCUUAUUCGCUUCUUUUUUCGGAUUAUUAAAAUCUCCUUGGGAAAAUUUCUAACCCUAUGUGCGGAGUUGGGAAUCGAACCCAGGUGAGCUGUACACAAGGCAAUCUAUUUCUCAACUACGCUAUUCCCGCCCCGUUGGUAUUUUUUUUUAUUUCAAGCAUUUUGUGUUAUUUAUGCUAAAUUUUAAUUUAUUCCCCAAAUGUCUUCUAUUGGGAGACGAUGAGUCCCUUUAGGCUGUGGUGGUGACCAAGAAACUGUUGCUAGUUCCGUCUUUACGAUUGGUCAUACUGGAUAUGGGGCCCCGUAAUUUUUGGAGGUUAGUUAUUCAUUCACAAUAAUGCCUGUGUAACUUGAUUAUUUGUAUCUCUUCAGUGCGUUACUAAAAAUGAAAGAAAUUUGAAUUAAAAACCGUUUGUAGCUCAAAGUUUAUAUUGUCAUUGUUGUAUCAAUAUUCCAAUGCCUCUUAUUUAUGAAUCGAAAUCGCACAGUGAUUCUCAUUAUGUUGAAAGGUCAUCAAACAACCAAGCGGAUACUAGCGGCAGGCAUUGAACCAAUUCAAGCGUCGCUCAAACAUUUUAAUUAAACUUUCAAUUUAUUUUGAGCAAAAACAAUGAUAUGUUUUGAACUACUUGUAUACAAAGUUCGGAAGAAACUGAACUAUAGUGACAAACAGAACACGAUUCCCAAUAAAUCUGUGUUUGGCAAGCGAACUGCAGAUGUGGCAAAACGAUUCAGGUCUUCAUCACAUUUAGGACCGUCAAUGUACAAACCUUCAAAUGUAAAAUCCUCCAAAUUCUUCUAUUUGAGCUCUCAUGAAGGUCAUCUACUGGCUGGUUUUAGCAUCUUCUACUCUGCUUGGACCCUUUCAGACCUGAUUGAAUUUUCUGAAGCAUUACAAUAUGAAUUAAGAAAUCAACGUAAUGCAUUGAAGUAAAUUAGACGCAAAUAAAUUUCAAGAGGCAUUUUAAUGUAAGUAAACACCCUUUUUCAUAAGCAUUUGAUCGAAUUAUUACUACAUUUUUUAGUUUGAGCUACUAAUUAUAAUACUAAAGUAUGCGUUUAAAAUGACUCUUGUGUUCAUGGAAGGUAACCACGGUUCAAAAUGUCAUCCAAAAAUACUGAAUGAAAAAAAAUGAUGCUGUUUUAUCGAUGGCGGUUAAACCAAGUUUGCAAAUAAUGGGGAUGAGGGAUCGGUAUUCCGCGGAUGAGUUCAUUAACUUAUUGAAGUUAGAUUGUGGUCAUUCCUAUCCUAUCUAACAAACACAAUGUUAUACAGUAAAGGCCCGAUUUUAUCAGCACCCGAUUUUAUCAGCCCCGAUUUUAUCUACCCCCGAUUUUAUCAGUUUUUCGACCCGAUUUUAUCAGCUUCACACGAAAAUUGAUAGUUGGUAGUUUGAUGGGCUCUAGCAGACAAACCAAGUUGAAUUCGAGUAAAUUCUUUUUUGAACUUAUUUUUCUUAUCUUUGAGAUCCGAAACAUGCAAAAAAAAAGGUUUUAUUUUUUUUAAGUUUUUCACCGUCGGACCCCCGGGAAGUUUAAGAUAAAUAAUCAGGAAAGUUUAUGAGGGGUCUCAAAAAGAAUAUUUUAGGGGGUGGGCGUAGCGUAGUUGGUAAAUCGAUUGACCCCGCACAUAGGGUUAGAAAUUUUUCUUAAGAGACUUUGCCUAACCCGAAGAGGCGAAUGACCUUAAGGUUAAAACCUCUAUAAUCGAAAUAAAAAAAAUAAAAAAAUAAUAUUUUAAGAGCUUCGGUUUCUUAAAAAGAAAGAAAAAUAUAUGUCCCGAUUUUAUCAAUGUCCCCAUUUUAUCAGCCCAAAAUUCACCAAGGGGCUGAUAAAAACGGGUCUUCGCUGUAGUUGAAAUUUAUAAUGAAUUUUAUGGCGGCCAGAUAUCUGCCCGUUUUGUUGUUGAGAAAUUUUGUUGAAA